ACUUGUUGUAAACAAGAUGUUUUGACUUGUCAAGCAAAAAUAUUAUAACCCAAACUCUAAACAACAAAAUGGCUACAGUGCUCGGCGUUGGGCCAGGGUUGUUUACCUUAGCUUUGAUAUGGUCUAUUUGUCUUUUGCUCUGUUUGCUUCUCUCAAGAGCGGAAGGGGCGAUUGCAUAUGCUGGUAUAGGAUCUGUCUUAUUUGCUGGGUUGAUAACUGUUAUAUUAGUUGUAUUACCAAGAGAACCUAAAGUACCUACCAUAGAAGAAUCGGUCACUAUUUUUGACUAUGGAAUAAUAUACAGAUAUUUGAUGUUAUCAGGAUGUGCAUUGUUUAUAAUAAUUGGACUAGUUGCAUAUUUGUCUGAUCACAUGAUGAUGCCAAUUUAUGCUAAACCAAUUAGACGGCUACGUUAGAUAGUAUAGUGCUUGUGCCCUAGCUACAAUGGAGUUGAAGCUUACCUUAUUGGAUUACAAAUGCAGAAACGCAGAAGGAAAUACAUAGUUCUGGAUAUAUUGUAAAUUGUUUCUGUGAAAGUUCGAAUGAUUUAAUGAUGUACACAAAUGUAUUGUUUUUAUUUAUUUUUAUAUAUUUUAUGCAUAUAUAAUUUUGUAAGUAAAUGAUAGUGAAAAUAUAAAA